AUGCUGCGGUUGCACAGCAUGGCGGGCCACGUGCUGGUCGGUGGAACGUUCGACAGGCUGCACCGCGGACAUCGCUUGCUGCUGGACGCGGCGGCCGAGGCGGCGGCGGCACAAGCAGAGGCCACCACACUUGUGGUCGGCGUGACAGCUGACAAGAUGCUGGUGCAAAAGGCCUACGCUGAGCUCAUCGAGCCGUUUGAUCGUAGGGCAGGUGCGGUCCGCGCCCAUCUGGCGGAUGCGCUCGAGGCCAAGGGUGGUGCCGCGGCGGAAUCGAUUGCCGUCGACUUGGUUCCGCUGGAUGACCCGGCCGGCCCGGCGGGCUCGCUGGCCAAGAUCGACGUCCUGGUCGUGUCGGAGGAGCCUGGCGUGCUGAAGAACGUGGCAGGCAUCCGCGAGCUCCGCGCUACCCGCGGCCUCGAUCCGAACUUUGACGUCGUUGUGGUGGAGAUGGUCGACGAGGACGGCCGUAAGGUCGACGAGGCGAGCAAGGUCUCGUCGUCCGAGCUGCGCCGCCGCGAGGCAGAGGCCGUUGCUAGCGGCGUAGAGAAUGUGGGGCAGUAG